UGACAUAAGUAUGCAGAAAGCUGUGCAAACGAGGGGAAGUUACACAAGGGUGCAAAACUGUUUGUGGAGCCAGAUCACACACUGGACCCAAUGUUGCCUUGUGGGCAGUAGGUGGGGCUUUUGGCAUUUGCGUGGGAGCUCCCCAGUGAGACCCGGAGGAGGACAAGGCUACAACCUUCUCGUUUUCAUAACAGCAUCUCCCUCCAGUAGGGGUGAGGCAUGGGCGGAGUUUGAGGAAACUAAAAUAAACACUGACACACAGCAUCUUGUGAGUAUGUGCAGCCCAGAAGGAUAGAUUACAAGAUCUAGAAGGACAGCUUAAAAUGUAACUCUGGCAAGAUGAUCAAAUCCUUCAAGCAAACGUUUCUGUCCCUGGAUCUGCAGUCCCCUCGGUGGAGCUCAGCAGAGACAAUGGCAAAGGAUUAUGAACUGCGUCAAUAUGAGACGGCGAAGUGGGUCAGUACAGUCAUUAGGGGAGAGACCCAGAAGGAGGCGAUGCGCCAGGGCUUCUGGAAACUCUUCCGCUACAUACAAGGGAAGAAUGACAAAGAAAUGAAGAUUGAUAUGACCGUGCCAGUGACAUGCCUGAUAAAAUCUGGCUGCGCAGACUUCAAAAUCUCUUUCUUCGUGCCAUUUGAACAUCAGGACUACCCCCCGCAGCCCACUGACUCAGAUGUGUUUCUGGAAGAGCGGAAGGCAGCAUCCAUCUUUGUGCGGUCCUUCGGUGGAUUUGCCUCCCCAGAGAAAUAUGCUGAGGAGGCUGAAGUCUUGGCCAGAAUCUUAAGAAACAGAGGCCAACCAUUCCAUGAAGAUUUCUUCUACACUGCAGGCUAUGACAGUCCCUUCAAGCUCUUUAACAGGCACAAUGAAGUGUGGUAUUUUAAAAAGUAAUAUGGUGGGUGAAAUACUAAGAGACUACUAAUCAGCUCUGGUUGAAAACACCUUAUUAAUGGCUUUUGCUUUAGUGCAGAAGAGAUUUAAUUCACACAGGGACACAAGAUCAUGUCUAAUUCAUUUUCUCUAGGAUGAAAUAUUCUGGCUAAAAAGAUUUCAGCUCUUCCUACAAGUAACUUAAAUUCAAGUAAAUUGUACCAGCUGGAAUGACAAACCUACUCUUACUGCAAGGUUCUAGGGAACAUUAAUAAUCUGAAAAAUAUUCCUGCAGAACAGUUUGGAUGUCUAGUUUUACUUCUCAUUAGAAGUGCUACAGCAAUAGCUCAAGUGUUAUGGAGAAUGAGUUCUUCAUAGAGCUGACUCUUCCCAUCCCAUUAUCACUCCUCAGACUACAAAGGUGUGGGAAGUCAAAUUUUUCAGAGAAGAGAGUUUUGGGAAGCAACAAUACCUUAGCAGGCCCUAGUGCCUCAUAAGGCAUAAUUCUUUAAAACAGCAUUAUCAAAAUCCCCCUCCACUUAGCUAUUAUUUUUCUCAUGGAGGCUGGAUAUUGCCUUGCUCCAGACUAAUACAUGACAAGGUUAGACUAGAGUCCAGUGGAGAAGGGCUAACAGCAUUCAAGCUGUACACUUGUUCUGGGCUCAUCUACACCUGAACAUGCAAUACCAGACUUGCUACUGGUGGCCUGUAAUUUUAAGAGCAAAUACACAAGAGCUCUCACCUACAAAAUACUGAUUACUCCUUCAAUUAUUUACUUUUGUCCAAAUCAUGGUACUGGUCAGGGUUGGCAGUACCACCCACCCUGCCUGAAAAUCUUCAGCCACAAUAUUCACUCAUUCUAGUGAAAUAUAAAAACAUCUGACUUUGAUCUCUGAGAUAUAAAAAUAUCUGCUGACUCAGGUAACUACAACAUCUGUUGAUGUUGGUCACAACAGGGUUGGACAACUGGCUAUUUAGACCCACACUUCAGUGGAAGGCUCACACCCUUAGCCUGUGUGGACAAAUGUGACCAUGUUUGACCACAGAUCAGAUUUAACUAAAACGGGGUCCCACUGAAGGGCAAAUCAAGUCUGUCCCCCUGAGAGCGGUUGAUCUGCAGUCAGGGACUCUUCCCCUGGAUCAUGACACUGCCUGAGACAACUCCUUGAGGUUGAGAACCCUCAUCUUUAGCAAGAGGAACAUGUUUUUUGGUUAGCUCCUUUCUAAAAUUUCAGCUUAAGUCAGCUGUGUAGUAUUUGAUUCCACUUGGCAUCUGGAACUUGAGAUUACUAAUGUUGUAAUAUUAAUUUUUGAAUUAGAAUAAUUUUCUUUUUAACUUAUAACCU